AUGGCUACCAAAUACCAUGUUAGAUCAAUUAGCUUGCCUUCAAGAUCACAUCCCACCACUCUUAGAAUAGAAGAUGAGCUCAAAAGGCUCAAAACAUCGGAACCAUCGGCUUUAUCGGCAACAGAGUCGAUAUCUGCAGGUCUUUCGGGACUGGGAGACUUGUAUCAAUGCAUGGAUGAGCUUCUCAACAUGUCUUCAACACAACAAGUACUGUCCAUGUACCGACAUGAGAAAUGUAUAGAUGAGUUGUUGGAUGGAUAUGUAAAGCUUUUGGACAUUUGUGGGAUUGCAAGGGAUUACAUGUUUCAAAUCAAGGAACAUGUUCAUGCUCUUCAAUCUGCACUUAGAAGAAGGAAAGGAGAUUCAAGUAUUGAAAAUAGUAUCUCUCAGUACACUCAUUUGAGGAAACAAAUGAAGAAAAACGCAAAGAAAUUGAUCAUGGAAUUGAAGCAAAUGGACAAUGACAACAACAACAACAACAACAAACUCGAAGCCUUGUCGUUUUUGGACCGUGAUCAUCAUUUCUUCGCAGUGAUUCGAGUUUUAAGACAAGUUAAUGUAAUAAGUUCAUCUUUGUUCCAAUCCUUGUUCACCUAUUUGUCAGCACCAAUUCCCUCAAGAUGGUCUCUAGUGGCAAAAUGGAUGCAUAAAGGUACAAUAUCAUGCGAAGAGAAGCAAGACAUUGUUAACGAACUCGAAAGCGUGGAUGCCGCGAUUUGUCGACGUAUUUUCGAUGUUCAAAUCACACAUAAAAGAUUAGUGGCUUUGGAGAGUAGCAUCGAAGGCGUCGAGAACCGUCUCGAAUGUGUUUUUAGGCACAUAAUUAAAGCAAGAGCCUCUCUUUUGAACAUCAUUUCACAAUAAGUUAUCUCUAUAAUGCCAAACCACUCAGGCAUCCAAGUUUUAGUGGAUCCAAUUUCAAUCCAUGAAUCUGUACAUCAUACAACAAUUUGUAUAGCUAUAAAUGAAGUAUAAAUUUAAGUUCUGCAA